CCGUGCUUCCACCUGCUUCCCACCUUUCAGUUUUCUUUAGUCGAACAUUUUCUCUUGCGCCCGGCGUCCAUGUUCAAGAGAAUACUUGCGCCUUGCCCGUCCAAUCCUUCCCGUGUUCUCUAGACGAUCCUCCUGCUCUCCCUGUGGUCGCCCCGACCGCUUGACAAGCUCCAUCGAGAAAACGGGAACGGAGGGAGUGGAGCAAGACAUUGGGAAGACCUGAAAGGCGCUCAAUUUUAUCUGUGGAUUCAUACUCAUCCUCGUUACUCGAUUCACCGUCUUUUCAUUCCCUACCUGACGCCUCAACUCCCUCACGCCCACCAUGGCAUUCGCACCCGUUGAUGUUCUACCCCACAAGCGCGAGGACAAGAAAAGAGUCGCCUACUUUUACGACUCCGACGUUGGAAACUAUGCCUACGUAUCAGGCCAUCCCAUGAAGCCUCACAGAAUACGGCUAGCUCACUCACUGGUGAUGAACUACGGCUUGUACAAGAAGAUGGAAAUCUACCGCGCAAAGCCUGCCUCCAAGUAUGAGAUGACCCAGUUUCACACCGACGAGUACAUCGACUUUCUCGCAAAAGUCACACCCGACAACAUGGAUUCCUAUCAGAAAGAGCAGCAAAAAUACAAUGUCGGUGAUGAUUGCCCUGUCUUUGACGGCCUCUUUGAGUUCUGCGGCAUCAGUGCAGGUGGUUCCAUGGAAGGCGCUGCCAGGCUGAACCGUCAAAAAGCGGACAUUGCGAUCAAUUGGGCUGGCGGGCUACACCACGCAAAGAAGUCAGAAGCAAGCGGAUUUUGUUACGUCAACGACAUCGUACUCGGCAUCAUUGAGCUUCUGAGGUUCCAUAAAAGAGUCCUCUACAUCGACACCGAUGUUCACCACGGUGACGGCGUUGAAGAAGCCUUCUAUACCACCGACAGAGUCAUGACUGUGUCUUUCCACAAAUACGGGGAAUAUUUCCCGGGGACCGGCGAGCUUAGAGACGUUGGCGUUGGCUCGGGCAAAUACUACGCGGUCAAUUUCCCUCUCCGGGAUGGCAUUGAUGAUUCAUCUUACAAGGGCAUUUUCGAGCCGGUAAUCCGAGCUACUAUGGAGUACUACCAGCCCUCCGCCGUGGUUCUGCAGUGCGGAGGCGAUUCUCUCUCCGGUGAUCGACUGGGCUGUUUCAAUCUCAGCAUGAGGGGUCAUGCAAACUGUGUUAGAUUUGUCAAGUCCUUCAACCUCCCAACUCUCAUCCUUGGUGGCGGUGGUUACACCAUGCGUAACGUCGCAAGAACGUGGGCCUACGAAACUGGGUGUUUGGUGGGCGAAUACAUGCCACCAAAUCUUCCGUACAACGACUACUAUGAGUACUAUGCUCCUGACUACGAACUGGACGUCCGUCCCUCGAACAUGGAAAAUGCGAAUUCGAGAGAAUACCUCGAGAAAAUCCUUGGUCAAGUGCUGGAAAAUAUGAAGAGGACUACUCACGCGCCCUCAGUCCAAAUGACGGACGUGCCUAGAGAAUCACUGGGCAUGAAUGACGAAGACGAAGCUGCUCUUGACGAUCUUGACGAAGAUCAGAACCCGGAUACACGCCUCACUCAACGCAAGGCAGACAAAUAUGUCCAGAAGAACGGUGAACUUUCUGACAGUGAGGACGAAGAAAUGGAAGAAGUGAAUGGUCGUCCAUCAGCCAGUCGAAAACGGCGAAUCAUGCAGAAUUACCGACACAUCAUGGACGUAGGCGGCAAUGACUCAGGUGUGGAAACGCGAAGCGGGACAGGAACACCGCAGCAAGCGUCGAGUCUGCCUGAUGAAGCAGCAGACGAGAUGAAUGUGGACGAGGAUCUGGACGAUAAAGUCAACCAGCAAACACCGAGUCCUCCAAAUGGUGAACAGCAGGUAAAUGGUUCUGUUGUCGUUUCCGGUUUGCAAUCGCCCGAUCAUCUUGCAUCAGCUGAAACAGCUGAUGGUGACGUUGAGAUGGGCGAUGCAGAUUUGCCAGAUGGAAAUGCUGCACCUAUGGACGAAGCUGAAACCGCCCGAUCCACCGAAGCAGACUCAACGAUAAUCGUCCAACAGCAACGUACUCCUCCAGAUUCACCACCCACGCCGGACGCUGAAGAGCACUCUCCCAAUGCUCAUAAUACUGCGGCUCCAGAGACGGCAAUGUCUGACGCCGAAGAUUCCCACACAGUAACCCUUGCGACUCCCCUCGCGGUCUCCGCGAAACCCGAUGCCGUUGGCACCCCUGAGGCAGAAGCAGCUAUCAAGCAGGAAGCCAUUGGCGACGACGAAGUCGCGAAGGCCCAGGAGGAAGGUCGCAUGGAAAGGGAGUUGGCAAACACGGAAGGAGAAGCCCGGACGGAGGCGGUGACCAAGGCGGAAGCAUCCGAGCCAGCCGAGCAUCAAGGUCAACAAGGAGAUGCAAAGACGCAAACUGAUGUCCAGGAGAUCCCGGCGGAGACAGGAGCUGAUUCUGCACAAGGGUCGUAGGAAGGCUCUUGGAGUUUCAAGCUGCUUCGACGAGGAGGUCCACUGCUUUCUUGACCCGGGUGGUACAGGAGUAUAAGGGGGUUGAGGGACUCGAAGCAAGGCGCCUGUGAGGCAUGAUCGGCGCUUCGAUAAGGACGGGAGCGUUCACGACAGGGACUACGCUGGGGGAAAGCUAAUGGCGUCGGACAGGGAACAGGACGAGGCUUGGCUGAGCUGGUCAAAAUGAUAAGCGGCUGGAGUCUGGCGGCGACGGUCUCAUCUUUAAAUCGAAAUACGCUUUGAUACCUUUCCAAUGAAUUGAGAUAUGUUUACCAUUAGAAGAUAACAAUGCAAGAGUAUUGCUUAUCAGGAUGGAAAAUGA